UUGUAUGCAGUGCUUAGAAUCGAACCCAGUGCCUCACACAUGCUAGGCAAGUACUCUACUACUGAGCUACAAUCCCCAUCCUCCUUUAGCAAAUUUUGAACACAGAUGCCAAGCGAUUGAGAAGAUGUUUUAAAGCAAGAGAGAUUUCAGGGGUUCUACGCAAAAAGGCAGGAUCCAGGGACAGAGGAAAAUGUCAUGUGUGAAUUCUGGUGAUGAAGCUGGGUUCUGUGGAGACAAGAGGGGUUGGGACUCAAAGCUCAGGGAGAAGAUUGGCCAGCCUGGACUGGGAGGAGACCCUACAUUGUUGGUGCUGGGCAGGGCAGAAGUGGGCAGAAGAGGUAGGUGUCCCACCCAUGCCUUCUCUUUCCCCUGGACCUGUGUUGGCUGGCCUUUCCACUGGGUGGUAGACUCCAUGGGGACAGAGUUCCAGGGCCCACACAAUGCCUGGGGGUCACGUCUUCCCCAGCCCCUUCCACAGCGCCUCUGCUCCAGGCUCUAUCUCAAUCUGCUCUCCCUGGGUUUCAAUAUCCUGCUGCUGGUGGCUGUUUGUGUAAUUGGGUCCCAAAGCACACAGCUGCAAGCAGAGUUGCGGACCCUAAAAGAAUCUUUCAGCAAUUUCUCCUCCAGCACCCUGAUGGAAAUCCAGGCUCUGGGCUCCCAUGGGGACAUUGCAGGUGACAAGGUGACAUCCCUGGGAGCCACACUGGAGAAACAUCAGCAGGACCUAAAAGCAGAUCAUGCCACCUUGCUCCUUCACCUGAAGCACUUCCCACUAGAUCUGCGUAUCCUGACAUGUCAGAUGGCAUUUUUCCAGAGCAAUGGCACAGAAUGCUGUCCUGUUAACUGGGUGGAACAUGAAGGCAGCUGCUACUGGUUCUCUCGUGCUGGGAAGACCUGGUCUGAGGCCGACAAGUACUGCCAGCUAGAGAAUGCCCACCUGGUGGUCAUCAACUCCAGAGAGGAGCAGAAAUUCAUUUUACAACACACAGGCGCCUUUCAUAUCUGGAUAGGACUCACUGACAGCGAUGGCUCCUGGAAAUGGGUGGAUGGAACGGACUACAGGCAUAGCUAUAGGAACUGGGCUAUCACUCAGCCAGACAACUGGCAGGGCCAUGAGCCGGGCAGAAGUGAAGACUGUGUUGAGCUCUUGACAGAUGGACGCUGGAACGACAACUUCUGCUUAGAGGUGAACCGCUGGGCGUGCGAGAUGAAGCGGAAUAGCACUGACUAAGCCCGGCCCCAGCACAUCUCUAACGCGCACCCCAUCCCCGCACCGACCCUGGCUUCUCUACUGGGAAUUCUACAGAAAGGAGGAAAAAGCGAGUCUGGGUUAUGGGGAGAGGUUGAAGAAAAGUAGAAAAGGGGGUGGUUUGUUUCAGAUCCUGGGAAGGCUGAGGGCCUGCCUCUUUCCACAGUUCUUUGUUGUAGUUAUUACAAUUUUCAGUGGCUUCAAUGGAGUAGAAAUAAAUACUUGAAACUC